GAGAACCCGCAGGCCAUUCUGGUCCCUGGUGCUCGCCCUUGAUACUAUUUUAGCACUUGCUUCGACCCAUCGCUCGCCGUUACUAGCCAGUUCGGGCUCGGUCCAGCAUGGAGGAAACACGUCGCUCCCUCUUCAGCCUCGCCACCGUUUGCUGCCUCCUCGCGGGAGCUCUCCUGCCGCUACCAGGAGGCGGACAGACUCAGUCAUCAGAACCACCCAGCACUGUGGUGUCACACGUCAGGGUUUCCCUCAGCGAGGCUGGCAACCGAAGCUACCAGACAACUGCAUCUGCUGUCAAUGGUAUGAAUGGCAGCAGCACAGUAACAUCACAAUUAAAUGCCAGCGGUUCAGGCUCACCAGAACUCCCAGCUCCUACCACUGUUGGCUUUUUGAGCAUUACAGCAGGUCCACAGACUACCAUCAGCCGAAAUGUUGACAACCUGACUGCAAGUUCAGUGGAAGGAAACCAAUCCAGUUAUGCAGAUGCUGUGACAACCACGUCUUGGAACUCCAGCUCCAACUUCAUGCCUACAGAUCCCUUUCAGUCAAAGGAGACACAAGAUAAGACAGGGACAACAGCUACCCCUUGGCCAAAAUCUUCCACAUUCAGCACCUUGGUCACUACAAAAAGGAUACUUGAAACCAUGCCAGCCACAGACCAUGAAGCUAUCACAGAGCAUAGCACCGAUGAAUCUACAUCGCCUCCAAGUUUUACUGACAUUGAUGGAAGUGUGCUUACACUGGCUGCAGCAACCUCUGAGGCUGCCUCCUCCACAUUCAGGCCUCACGGAACCACACCAAUGGAAAUGAAGAGACUAACUGAUCAUGUGCAGGAGAAGACAUCUGGAUUACAUAUGGAAGAUUAUGAUGAAAAUCUGCCUAGUAUACCAACAGAUGGCCCUAUAGGUGGGGACCCCUUGGUGAUUGCUGUCAUCUUUAUUUUCACCGUGACAGUAGGGAUCCUGGCUCUGAUGGGUUUCUUAAGGUACCGUCAGCGCAACAAUCGGCUACAGUUCCGGCGCCUCCAAGACUUGCCUAUGGAUGACAUGAUGGAGGAUACACCUCUUUCCCUGUACAGCUACUAGGGAAGACCAUUUAGCAUCCUGAUUGGGACAAACCAAGGAAGGCACAAUGCCUGCAAAGAUUCUGACUGGGCAGAUGAUUCCCUGAAAGAUAUACGGGGCUGCUGUAUUGAUUUGCACAUGACUAUGAAGUUGUGACUCCAAUGACAUUUUUUCUUAGUGCUCGUUGUGAGAACUGGAGCCAGCCUGACCCAGGAUUUUCCUCUGGUACCUCUCUACUCUGGGCUCAGCAGGAGAGUGGGUGCACUAACUCCUAUUAACAAUGCCAAGCGAAGCUUUUCCUGGACUUCUGAGAGCUGCACUAAAGGACUCUUGUAUAAGAAAUGGGAAGAAAGCCUAGCACAAGCCAUAUUUAAGAAUGGAAGUGCAAACCAUGCCAUGAUAUGGAGACCCAGUUGGCUCCCUCUGAGUUCUGUUUUAAGAAAUUGUUUUUGCACUUCUGUUUACUUCCUUCCUUCCUUUUAGUAGUAGGAUUUAGUGAUUACAGAAGGAAUACAGGGAGUAGUUGAUUCCUUGCACUCCUUGCUAGCCAAAAAGUAGUCUUGCUACUGAUGAAGAAGCACACCCUUUAUUGCUGUUACAUUGUUUUCAGGAAGAGAGAAUGCAGUUGUGAUUUGAAUGUGCUUGAUGUUUGUUAGCUAGUAUCACGGUUGUUAUAGUCCUGGUGCCUGAAAAGGGUUUUUGUUAUGGAUGUGACAGUUGUGUCCUCUUAAAGCCUUUGUUCUCCAUGUACCUCCUUGUUACUUCCUUACCAGUUAGGAACCUUAGAACUGCUUUGUGCCUUGUCUGCAGAAUGAUGCACAUAUUAUUGCACAUAGGUUGGGUCCAAAGGUUGCCUUUUGUGAGCAAAUAAUGGAGGACACGGGAAGGACCCCUUUUGCUCACAUUUCCUUGGAUUCAGCUCCAUGCCCUUUCUAAUGGCUUUAGUUUUGCCCCCUCCUAAACUGCCAUAUAAUCUUAAAAACUGUUACAUGUACCCUUCCUAAGGCUUUCUGUGAUUGUGGGGGAAAUGGGGAAGGGGAGAACAAACACAGUUUUUGUUGUAUGCCUACAUUAAGGUACUUUUAACAAAAAGAUCUCUUAAUCCUCUCUAGUUUCCUUCAUUUUACUGCCUUGCCCAUUGUCUG